AUGUUGCCAGAGAUAAACAUUGAGAUCACCUGUUCCCUCCCAAGCUUUGAAUUCACUCCGGCAUCCUUCACUCAGUCCUCUGUAAUCCCUUCCAUACCCUACCGUACUCCUGCUCGUCCACUUCCUCCUCUCGACAGCGGAAAUAAGCUUCUUCCUGAUUACGGAGGCCGUAUUGUUGUCACAACGACAACAUCUCCACACCGACCAAACUAUCCGAUUUCCAUGCAUGCAAGGAAAAUGCCACGAUGUGUUGCAUCGAAUAUGCAUGCUGCUCAUUUCGCUCGACUUAUUCAUGUACACCAACGAGGCCAAGCCAUCGAAGCUGAGCACUCGUUGCCACAUGCACCUCAUCGCUCGUAG